AUGGCUGUGCAGAAGUGCAUUUCCUUUGCCAUCCUAGUCUUCUCGUUAGUACAGAUACUCAACGGACUUGAUUCUGACCAGCCCACAAACACGGUGCUAGGAGGUUGGGAAUGUAAGCUGACUGUUUCCAUGGAUUCCGUAUUCAGAACGGUCUGGCCUCAUUCCGGAGAUGUAGAUCCAAAUGAUAAUAUAAAGUUGGAGCUGCACACAAGACUUUCGAACAAGACAAUUAUUGCGGAAAAUGGUCGCGUCGUGAAGAUUAGUGAUUCGGACUUCAGGCCAAACAGAAAAACGGUUCUUAUUGCGCACGGCUUCAGGGAAGACUCUUCAACCGAGUGGAUAACUCCACUCAUUGAUGCAUAUUUAAAAUACAAAGAUGUCAAUGUCAUUGUUGUGAACUGGGGUGUCUUCACAUUGACUGUGGACUACUACGCAUCUACUGAGGGUGUCGCAAAAUGCGCUCAACAAGUGGUGGAUUCACUCGAAGACAUCGUUUAUCAAUUCGGUAAUACAACUUCGUUGGCACCUAUGCACCUGAUUGGAUUCAGUCUGGGUGCGCAAGUUAUGGCAAAUGUGGCAAAGAGAUUCAAUAAAAAGCAGGAUAUCUGGAAAAUUGAGAGAAUAACGGGAUUGGAUCCAGCUGAUCCGUGUUUUGGAGAUAACGCUGUUAGGUUGAAUGCGAGCGAUGCACCAUUCGUCGAUAUCAUUCAUACAAAUGGGGAUCAACGAUUUGACGUGGUAUUCGGCACGGCAAUGCCCAUAGGUCAUGUCGAUUUUUACGUCAACAGGGGGCAGAUACAACCGGGUUGCCCUGAGAAUAUCUCUUGGUAUGACAGCGUAGUAGAUGAUAAAUCUGGUUUUUUCACGGCGGUUUGUAGUCACACAAAAGCCCCCCGUUAUUUCAUCCAAUCUUUGGAAUUGGUGAAUGCAGGUGAACCGCCGUUGAUAGGAAUGAAAUGGAAGCGCAAUGACUUACCUUCGGCACUAGAUUUUCUCUAUAAUAAUACUUGUAGAACGAAUUGUCUGGCCAUGGGUAUUCUAGCGGAUAAUCAAAACGAAGAUUCUUCAGGGGUUUAUUUUGUCCCUGCAGCAAGUCAAAAACCAUAUAAUGUAAUCCAACCUUCCGAUAUGGAAAAGAUUGAGAAGAUACUGAAGGAAUCAUUGGGAUAGUCCCAGACUCGUCAUUUCUUUCUCUCUCGUUUGAAUAGAGAAGAAAAAUUACAUCGAUCUUCGAAAAAAAUAAAUCUUCCAUUCUUAUAAUCAGCUAUUAUUAUGAUUUGAUAUAAUGAUAUUCUUUCUUUCAAUCUCCUCCAAUCCUGUACACCAUAUAUACCAGAAAUAUCCUGAAAAGGAUCAGUACCAGGGUAGAAUCCUCUCUCUUCACCGACGAUAUCGCUCUAUAUAUGCGAGUUAACGAUUAUCAAUCAGACAGAGCCAUUUUGGAAAACUCAGUAGAUCAAGUCAUUGCCAACUUGAAGGCAUUAGGAUUAGACAUUGCUCCCCAAAAAACAGUUACCCUAAGAUUUAGCAAGAAAGGCUCCCCCCCGGAGAAUAUCAAAAUCAGAAUUGGGAACCACGAGAUUGUCUCGUCUCCCACGGCACGGUUCCUUGGCAUUUCGAUCAAAAAUUAAGUUUCAACCACCAAAUCUCAAUGAUCCAACAAAGAUGCCUUAAAUCCCUCAACUUGAUCAAAUUUCUGCGAACCACCUGGUGGGGAACAGACCCUGAAACUUUAAUUGGAUUAUACAAGAGUUACGUAAGAUCUAUAAUAGAUUACGGAAUUUUUGCCUACUACCCUAACACGAAAAAGUACCGGUCAAAACUCGAAUCCAUACAGUACACGGCCAGCCGACUGGCGCUAGGAUACAGAUGUAGCACUCCCACCAACAUUCUACUAGGUGAAUCCAAGCUCAUGUCCAUAGAGGAACGAGCACGCUUCCUUUCAAAGUCCUACCUAAUCAAGGUCCUGAGCAACCAAUCCACCCAAGUUCAUGACACAAUCUCCCUUAUUUUCAAGGAGAAAAAAACCCGAAAACUUGCUAGGAAUGAGUUGAUCACCAAGGCCAUCAGAGAGGUCUUACAACUCGAAUACUUAGUGAUGGGUGAUGACAACUUUAGCAUAUUCAUCCACUAUCUCCCCACCCUAUUCACUUCCAUCAAAACCGCCAGCAACCUUGGAACGUCCCUACAAAAUCUUCUUGCUCCCGAGGCUCUGGGACUAGAACUGGAACAGAACUUCCAACACUUCAACGUAAUAUAUACAGAUGGUAGGAAGGACCCAGACGCUGGAUACGUGGGGGCGGGUUGUCACUGUCCGAAACUGGGCAUUGGUUCCUCAGUCCUCCUCGACACUCACUGUUCGGUGUACAGCGCGGAGUACAUUGCGCUGAAUCUUGCAUUGGAUGUAGCCAAGAGCACCAGGGAUACCACCCACCUCAUACUCUCUGACUCCCUUAGUGCCAUACAGAGCCUGGAAUCCAUUCACUUUCAUCCGCAUAUCAACCCAUACAUAUUGCUCGCGAAAAAGAAAUAUCGGGAAUUUCUGGACAACAACCCGUACAACACAAAAAUUGUCUUCCGCUGGAUUCCCACGCAUAGGGGGAUUCAGGGAAAUGAGGUGGCUGAUAAUCUGGCGAAAAAUGCCACGGAAUGCAGCCGGGAGCAGUACCCGGUUCCACCUACGGACUUUAAGGCCAAAUUCAAGGCCGAAGGGCAUGCGAGCACCAGGGAAGCCAUAAGAGCCCAAGCCGAGCGUGAACACAAACCCAAGGGUGCGCUCUUCUUCCAAUACUAUUGGAGGAAGAAUGUCCAUCCUUGGUAUCAUGAAGCCAAACUCCCUAGGGAUCUCAUUGUAUGGGUGAACAGGGCCAGAGCAGGACAUUAUCACCUGAACGAAUCUCUCAUGAAAAUUAAAGUUGUCUCGACUCGGGAAUGCGGCUGUGGGGCCGAGGUUCAGGAUAUUAACCACGUGCUGUGGGAAUGUCCUGAAUACUCCGGCCAAGACAGAGAGCUUAUGAUUGACAAACUAAUCAUCGGGAAAUAUCCUAGACGGUACACCAUAGCCGCAUUCCUGUUGGCAAAGGACCUGGUACCACUCAAGAUCAUACACGAAUUCGUUAAGAAAUGCAAAAUAAAGAUAUAAACCUGUCAAAGAUUAAACAACCCAAUAAUGGAUUGAUAGUAUCGAGAAGAUGAUUGAAUUUUUCCAAAACCGGUGAAAUUAGAAUGUAAUCUAGAAAGAAUUAAAAAAAAAAA